AUGGAGAAAUCUGUCGCUACCAAGCGCCAAAAGGUUAUAAAUCACAUACAUGAUGAUAUUGCAUUGCUCAUUGUAUCAAAAUUGCCGGUAAAAACUUUGAAGCGGUUUGGUUGCGUAUGUAAAUCAUGGACUCUCUUAUUUGAAGAUACUCAUUUUAUGAGCAUUUAUCGCAACAAUUUUAUAGCUAGAAAUCAUGUUGAUCACGAGGGCACAUCUUACCUCCUACAACAUACUAUUAACGAUUAUAAAAUAUUGGAGACCUCUAUGUAUUUUCUUUCUAGUGAGAGGUCUAAGAACAUGAUCAAAUUAGAUUACUUACCUUCAUUUCAAAAAGAUAACCAAUAUAUUGAGAUUUUGAGUUCUCGUAGUAUCAAUGGUAUUCUUUGUAUCAGUAUUUUCCGUUUUGAUGAGGAAAGACUUGCAUUGUGGAAUCCAGCCACUGAAGAAUUCAAGAUCAUUCCUCCUAGCAAUUUUGAGUGUGUACCUUAUCGGGAUUUUGAACCGCUUAAUCAUGGAUUCGGUUAUGACCAUGUUAGGAAUGACUAUAAGGUGAUUCGACGUGCAACAUUUGAUUAUCUAACAUACGAUGAUCGUAUAAGACUUGGUUUGAAAUUUGAUGAUGUGCCAUGGCAAGAUAUAUCAUAUGAACCUGAAUGGGAGAUAUAUAGUUUCAGAAACAACUCUUGGACUAAAUUUGAUUUUGACUUUCCUUUGAUGGAGAUCCCUUAUAAUUCUUAUGAAAUUAUCCAAUUCUAUAUGGAUGGAAUGUGUCAUUGGUGGUAUAAAAGUGAUUGUCACCUUUUCGAAACAAGUUUGGUGUCAUUUGACGUGAGCAAUGAACUCUUUAUUACAACACCCAUGCCCAGAUACAAUGAUGAUAUUUUAGAUCUUAAUUGGGUUAAGAGACACUUGGUGACGUUAAUUAAUGAAUCUAUUGCUUUAAUAUCAUAUUGUGGAGAAAUGACUACUUUUCACAUAUCAAUUUUGGAUGAAAUUGACGUGAAAGAAUCAUGGACUAAACUCUUCAAUGUUGGGCCAUUGUCUUGUGUUGCACGUCCCAUCGGAGGAGGGAAGAAUGGGAAUAUAUUCUUGAUAAGAAAUAAUGAAGAGCUGGCGUGCUUUGAUUUGGGUACCAUGAUGAUUGAGGAGCUCGGUGUCGAAGGAAAAUUGUGUCAGACAGUAAUUUAUAAGCAGAAUCUCCUUCCAAUUUGA